CCCAUUUUUCACCUCGCCGCUUUACCUUGAGACUCUAUCACUUCUCCGCCGUAUAGUUUAAGUCGAUCGGGAGAUGCAAAAACUGAGGCUUUGAUGAUUGUUGUUGUUUAGUUGCUUAAAGGUGAGGCUUUGAUGGAAGGGUUACGAUGUAGGCUACGAUUCUACGUGAAUGCCCAUAACAUGUUUGCGAUAAUGCCUGAGAGAAACGUUUUAUCCGGCGAGUCCUCUUUUGGACGGGUAUGGGUGAGGUUCAUGACCAGCAGCAAGCGUGUUCAAGAUAGAAGCAGGGAAAAGAGAGUCCAAGAGCUCGAGAUAGCUACAGAGAAAUGGAAAAUUGCUUCCAAAGUGAUUUUUUUGAUGGAGGUGUUGAAGGGUGAGCGAGAUAUGAUCAUUACCGUCAGGUCGUUGGAGCAGUAUAGAAGGCAGAUUAAUUUGCCUAAACCGCAUAAGAUCAGCGAUUUCAUUAGAAAGUCUCCUAAGUUGUUUGAGUUGUACAAAGAUCAGAGAGGGGUCUUGUGGUGUGGGUUGACAGAGGAAGGGGAAGACUUGUUGGACGAGCAUGACAAGUUACUUGAAGAGAAUGGAGACAAGGCUGCAGAACAUGUGACUAGGUGUUUGAUGAUGUCUGUUGAUAAGAAGCUUCCUUUGGAUAAGAUUGUUCAUUUCCGGAGGGAUUUCGGGUUGCCUCUUGAUUUUAGGAUAAACUGGGUCAACAAGUUUCCUCAGCAUUUUAAAGUUGUGAAGCUUGGAGAUGAGGAGUAUCUUGAGCUUGUUUCAUGGAACCCAGCUUGGGCUAUCACAGAGUUGGAGAAGAAGACUCUAGGUUUAACUGAGGAAAACGAUCACAAGCCUGGUAUGCUUUCACUGGCUUUCCCCAUGAAGUUUCCUCCGUCAUACAAGAAAAUGUACAGGUACAGAGGGAAGAUCGAACAUUUUCAGAAACGAUCUUACCUGUCUCCUUAUGCUGAUGCACGUGGACUCGAAGCUGGUUCAAAGGAAUUCGACAAACGGGCAAUCGCGGUUAUGCACGAACUGCUUAGCUUUACACUUGAGAAGAGAUUGGUGACGGAUCAUCUGACCCAUUUCAGGAGGGAGUUUGUGAUGCCGCAGAAGCUGAUGAGGAUUUUUCUGAAGCAUUGUGGUAUCUUCUAUGUCUCUGAGAGAGGGAAGAGAUUCAGUGUGUUCUUGACAGAAGGUUACGAAGGGCCAGAGCUGAUUGACAAGUGUCCUUUGAUACUUUGGAAAGAGAAGCUGCUGAAGUUUACGGGUUACAGAGGAAGGAAGAGAGAUAUUCCAACUUAUAGUGACACUUUGGACAUGCAAGAAAGAGAAUUGCUGGAGAGUGGUUCAGAAGAUGAAAAUUUGAGUGUUGAAUUUGAGAAAGAUGAUGUGGGAACAGAUGAUGAUGAGAUGGACAUUGAUGAAGUGAAUGAUGCAUAUGAAGAGCAUAACAAAGUUUAGAGAAAAGUCUCUAAAUCAUUUGCUGAGCAAGAAUCUGAUGGAAAUUUUGGAAACUUUCCUCUUCCUUUGUAUAUGUAAAAACCUGACAUUACUAUCUUCACAAGGUUCAUGAAGUUUCUAUUCAAAGAAUCUCUAAUAUUGUAGAAGAAGGGAAGUCUGAAUUGUACACAAUACCGAGUAGGUGGAUUAAAACUAAUCUAUUUACAUUUGUAUCAUCAAUUUUACAAUAAGAUUGAAAUAGACAAAAAAAAAAAAAAAAAAAAAUAGAUACCUAGCUAAGGUGUAAAUUCAACUGUAUAACAUGCUCGUAUAGGUGAGGGAAGGGGAAACCUAUUAUAGCUGUAAACAUGAUUGUGAAAACUCAAUUGAAAUCCACACUAGACUAUAAAGAACAGUGGAUCCCAAAAAAAAAAAAAAAGAGUUUAACAGAGACAUUAAAAAUUAGUACUAAGAUUUUAAACAUAAAUAAAAUUAAUAAUAGAAGAAGAAAGAAGAAAAGUUUAUUGCAAUAAUCAUGUGACUUUGCCAAAUCGAACAUUUUCUCUCCGCAGGCUUCAUGUUAUUUUUUAAGAAGAUUCAAAAUGUCUCCGAACAAAAAGAAAAAUUUAUAAGAAAACAAAUAAAAUAAGGUAAAAAUAAGAAAAGAACCAAAGAGUUGAUUCAUCAUGUCUGCGAAAAAAA